AUGAGAUUGCAUUUACCUCCUGUUAAAGAAAAAAGUACUUUGAAUUUACCAAAAGAUAGAAAUGUUGAUGGUAUAGUUAAAGGAAGUGAAACAUCACCUAUGAGUGAAAUCUGUGGUGUUAUUCAAGAUGAUGAAAAUGACAAUAAAUAUAGAGAUUAUGAUAGUGAUCAAUAUAGGGAAUAUGAGAAAGAUUAUUAUUAA